AUGCCUUUAGGAAUCAAUAAUCCGCUUCCUUCGUCUAUGGCGUCGGAAUGCAAAAAGUGUGGAAAGAUUUUGUCCUCAUUUAUUGAUCCACGACAAGCUUUCGGACCAGAUAAGAUUAUUCCACCACAUGUUCUCGCGCAAGCAAAGGGCCUCGCAAUCGUUACAGUUCUUAAAGCUGGUUUUAUCGGUUCCGGUCGUUACGGAAAUGGUGUCGUUAUAGCUCGUCUUUCCGAUGGUUCUUGGUCCGCACCCUCAGCAAUUGGUAUCGGUGGCGGCGGAGUGGGUGGACAAAUUGGUUUUGAGCUUACAGAUUUCGUUUUCAUUCUUAAUGACGCUGCAGCCGUGCGCACCUUCUCUCAAGCUGGUUCUCUUACAUUGGGUGGAAAUGUCAGUAUUGCCGCUGGACCAAUAGGACGAAAUGCCGAGGCAGCCGGAGCUGCCAGUAUGAAGGGUGUAGCUGGUGUUUUCAGCUAUUCCAAAACCAAGGGACUUUUUGCCGGUGUCAGUCUCGAGGGAAGUGCCAUUAUCGAGCGAAGGGAUGCGAAUGAGAAAUUAUAUGGAAGGAGAUUCACAGCCGCUGAAUUACUUGGAGGCGCAGUCCGAGCACCACCAGCAGCACAACCUCUUAUGAAUGUGUUGAAUUCGAGAGCUUUCGCGGGCCAGAAUCCCGAUGAUGGAAUUUAUAAUGACAGCCCUGUUUAUGACGAACGACACGAUGAUGUAGUUUGGGAAGGUAGAAGAGGAAGUGCAUUUGGAGAAGGUACACAAAGAGAUCGAGGCGCAAGUUUAGGACACAGUGACGAUUAUGUCAACCCGAACCGACCUCAAAGAGCAAGUACAUGGGCCGAUGAUAUUUACGACAGGCCAACCAAUGGAAGCAGGGCUAGAUCUGGUAGCGGAUUUGACGAUGACUAUGUGUAUUCUGAUGCUCCCCGUGCACCUCCAAGUCAAUUUGGUGGUAGUGGAAAACCAGGACCAGGUAGACCUGCUGCGCCAAAACCGAAAUUCCAACCAAAGACAGCUAGUUUGAGAAGCAAUGAGGCGGUUGCGCAAUUUACGUUUGAUGCAGAUCAACCAGGAGAUUUGGGAUUCAAGAAGGGAGAUGUUAUUAUGGUAACAAAGAAGACUGAGAGUACUGAAGAUUGGUGGACUGGUACCCUCAACGGACGAUCAGGCAUUUUUCCUUCGAAUUAUGUCAAAAUGAGGGAGUAAAUUUUGUCAAUGAAACACGGGCGAGAAUCAUUCCCUACUCAAAUCCGCAUUUUUACACACUAUCAACCUCUACCGCCGGAACAACACUCUCGAGUCGUUUCUGGCAUAUAGUUGUUUUCGUAUUCUACAUUAUGGGAGUUUUCGGAGGUUUCAUUUGCAUUUCCUAGAUGUUUUAUACUCAUCUCUAUAUCUAUCUGUUCUGCUAGCGAAUCCAUUUUUAUCUUCUUUGACCUUUUUCAUUUCUCAUACCUUUCAUGUCCUUUGGGAAGUACAUGGUUUGUGGAUAGAGCUUGGGCUCAGGCUUUAGGAUGCUGAUGAAGAAUUUGCGAAACAAAGAGUACGGCGAAGGAAAUUCCUUGGUACAUAGUGAUGAGGAGAAUUAUGGGUAAGAAAUUGAAUGUGGAUAUAGGGAUGAAAAGAUGAAUUGGAGAAGAGCUUUUUUGGUAUGGAACGGUUGGUUUGAUUGGGGUUAGCGAAAUAUGAAUAAAAGUGGUAAUUAUAUGAUGUUUUGU